CAACACCACCAUGGACUCGUUUGUCGCUACCGUGCUGCAUCAGUGCAAGACGCAGCUCACCAUACUCAGGAUCAACCUGGAGACGCUGGUGGAGCGUGCGCGGGCGGCGUGCGGCGACGCGCGAGACCAAUACGACCGUGUCGUAUACAAACUGCUAGUCGAAAGCCUCGUCCAUUACCAGAAAAUUACACAGACGUGCGCGCUGCUACAGGACAUAUUCGGUGCAGCGCUGCUCGUGCAGUUCGGCGUCGGCGGCUGGAUCCUGUGCAUGGCCGCUUACCAGAUUGUCAGUCUGGACGUGAUGAGCAUCGAGUUCGCGUCAACGACUCUGUUCAUCGUGUGCAUCCUCACCGAGCUGUUCCUGUACUGCUACUACGGCAACGAGGUAGCGGUAGAGAGCGACCUAGUGCUGCAGUCGAUGUACGCGCUAGAGUGGCUGGCGGUGCCGCGGCGGGUGCGGCGCGCGCUGCUGAUCGCGAUGGAGCGCGCGCAGCGACCGAUGCGGCCCGCCGCCGGCGCCGUGCUGCCGCUCACGCUCGACACAUACGUCAAGAUCCUGAAGUCGUCGUACAGUUUCUACGCAGUGCUGCGGCAGACAAAGUGAACGGGCCGGCUCCUUCGGCACCAUGACUUAAAUAAAUAUCUCUAGCAAUA